AAUUCUCAUUUACUGAAGUGAGUACUAUACGAGCAAGCGCCGGCAAGGUUGUCUGUUGCCACUUCUCAUCAGAUGGACAACUACUUGCUACUGGUGGACAUGAUAAGAAAGCUGUACUGUGGUAUGCAGAUACCUUAAAUCGAAAAACAACUCUGGAAGAACAUUCUGCUUUGAUCACAGAUGUUCGUUUUAGUCCAACCAUACCUCGCCUGGCAACAUCUUCUUUUGACAAAACUGUCAAGAGUCUGGGAUGCUGACAAUCCUGGUUAUUCUCUUCGGACUUUUAUGGGGCAUUCUACUGCUGUUAUAUCUCUGGACUUCCACCCAAAUAAAGAUGAUCUUAUCUGCUCUUGCGAUUGGGAUGGUGGGAUAAGAUACUGGAGCAUUAAUAAUGGCAGCUGUUCGAGGGUAUUCAGGGGUGGCACAGCCCUGUUGAGAUUCCAAUCCCAUCUCGGAAGGUAUCUUGCUGCAGCGACAGAUAAUGUCGUAUCUAUAUUGGAUGUAGAGACACAAGAGUGCAGGCAAACUUUGCAGGGGCAUGCUAAGUCAAUCAGUUCUGUGUGUUGGGAUUCGACUGGGGAGUUUCUUGCUUCUGUCAGUGAGGACUCUGUGAGAGUUUGGGCAGUUGGGUCAGGUAGUGAAUGGGACUGUGUACAUGAAUUGAGCUGCAAUGGAAACAAGGUUCACUCCUGUGUGUUCCACCCAACUUAUCCUUCACUUCUGGUGAUUGGCUGCUACCAGACCCUGGAGCUGUGGAAUAUGGCCGAGAACAAGACAAUGGCUUUGCCAGCUCAUGAUGGACUAAUUGCUGCAUUGGCAGUGUCAAAUUUGACAGGCCUGGUUGCUUCAGCUAGUCACGACAAGACAGUGAAGCUGUGGAGGUGAUACUUUGCCAUCUCCAGGUGUUUGUCCUGCGCACUCAGAUUGGAAGACUGAAUUUGCUGUUCCCGUUCAAGUGCAUGUAUCUUGUCCUUGUAUCAGUUGCCUCAGUACGCCUAGUCGGUGUCGUCUCACUGAUACUAAUAUAGAUCUUAUCAUUAGCGAUGGGAUUUAACUUUGUGACAUUUGCUGCUGUUGUACAUCGGUUGAUGACUUCUUUUCUUUUGUCGAGUUGAAGCUUUCUGCGAAUGCUUCAGUGACAUGUAAGGUUUUGCCUUUCCUUAGAGAAGGGAAUGUUCUCGGACAGGACUCUACAUUGAUAAUUGCCAUCUUCUCUCCCUUGGUGUUCAUGCCAUGUCUUUCUUACUUGGACUUCGACGUCACUUACUUUUUGGGUUGGAUUGGAAUUCUCAUUGUCGGUUUC